CCGUAUUUAACAAUACCAUUAACAAUGUAAAUAAUGAUCAGAUUAUUAAUGAUGAUCAAAUAAAUGAGAGUGAUGUUAUACAAGAGUCAUUUAAUAACCAGAUAUCUAUACUAGAAGUUAAAAAGGCGAUAGACAAAGCUAAACUUAAAAAGGCGACUGGUUUUGAUAAGAUUCCUUCUGAGGUCUUAAAAAAUGACACAACUGUUGUAUUUUUACACGCUUUAUUUAAUGUCUGUUUUGAUAAAGGUAUAGUACCUUCUGUUUGGAACAAAUGCCUAAUCAAUCCAAUACCAAAGUCAUCAACUGCAGAUGGUAGGGAUCCUUUAUCAUAUAGGGGUAUAUCCUUGACAUGUUCUAUGUAUAAGUUAUAUUGUAACAUUUUAAAUGAUAGAUUGAGUUCAUGGUCUGAAGCCAAUAACAUUAUUGUUGAUGAACAGAACGGCUUCCGUAGGAAAAGAAGCACAACUGAUCACAUUUCAUCUCUUGUUAACCUAAUUGAUACUAGGAAGAAAAUGAAAAAAAGUACUUUUACAGCAUUUAUCGAUUUUCGUAAAGCUUAUGACCUAAUCAAUCGUUCUAAGUUGUGGAGUCGAUUACAAGUUACUGGUGUUUGUGGCAAAAUGUUACGAGCCAUUAAGUCUUUAUAUUCAUCUUUAGCAUCAUGUGUUAGAAUUAACUCGUUCACUACUGACUGGUUUGACGUCCACUGUGGCUUACGUCAAGGCUGUGUUUUAUCACCUUUACUUUUUAAUCUUUAUAUCAAUGAUCUUGCGUUGUAUUUAAAGUCUCUUAAUAUUGGUGUAACAAUUGAUGAUGAAAUUGUAUGUAUACUUUUGUAUGCUGAUGAUAUUGUGCUACUUGCAGAAACCGAGCGUGACUUACAAUGUUUAUUAAAUGGUCUACACGAUUGGUGUAGUAUAAACGACAUGUCAAUAAAUACAAGCAAGAGUAACAUUGUUCAUUUCCGCCCAGAAUCCUGUACUAGAUCAGAUUUUGUCUUUAAAUGUGGUCAUGAUACGUUAAGUUAUGCUGAUAAAUACAAAUAUUUGGGAAUCGUUUUGCAUGAGCAUGUCGAUUUCAAUGUUACAGCUAGGAUGGUGGCACAAAGCGCUAGCCGUGCGUUAGGCUUACUGAUAGCCAAGUGUAAGUUAGUUGGAGGGGUUCCUCAUAGCGUUUUUACUAAAUUGUAUGACUCUGUUGUAUGGCCUGUUAUUGCGUAUGGGGCUUCCUUAUGGGGUCAUAAGUCAUAUUCUUGCAUAAAUGCUGUCCAUAAUCGAGCUAUGAGAGUCUUCCUUGGGGUGGGAAAAUAUACGCCCAAUGCAGCAGUUUCAGGAGAUAUGGGUUGGGUCCCCCCUUUGGUCCGGCAAUGGAAAUCAGUGGCCAUUUUUUGGGUGCGCCUUUCCCAAACAAAUACUUGUAGACUAAAUAAACGGAUUGAACUUUGGUCGUUGACAAAAGGUGCUCCUCAAUGUAAAAAUUGGUUUUAUCAUGUCCAAAAGCAAUGGAAUGAAUUAAAUCUUGGUAUGUUUUGCGACUUGUCUUCACCCAUUGCUAAAACUUCCUUUGUGCGCCAGGUUGAAUCUUUGACUAUGGAGGGAUUUAAGGCUGAAUGGAUCCGUUCGGUUAAUUGUACAGUGGGCCCGUCAGGUAGGGGUCUGAAUAAGCUGAGAACCUAUAGAACUUUUAAGCAGGAACAUACGUCAGAAGAGUACUGUAAAAUGAUCUUACCCCCUAGGCAUAGGUCAGCGUUUUGUAAAUUUAGGUGUGGGGUAGCCCCUAUUCGUAUCGAAACGGGUAGGUACGAGAAUCUGAGAUUAGAUGAACGCCACUGUCCUUUUUGUAAUGUACUUGAAGAUGAACAGCAUGUUAUAUUAGACUGCCCAGUAUAUGAUGAUUUUAGAUCAGAAUUAAUCUCUAAGGCUGUGUUGCACGAACCUUCUUUUAUUAAUUUUAGCAAAGACAACCAACUUGCAUUUUUGUUCUCUAGUCAACCAUUAGUCAGAAAAUGUGCCAAAACCUGUUUUAAUAUUCUUCAACGUCGUCAAUCUUACUUAUGUAAAUAAUAUAUUUUAUAUAGAACAUGCUACUGUAUUUUUUUUAUAUAUAUAUUUUUUUAUGUUUUGAUGUAUG